GAGCCCCUUUCACUGCGUUCCUUUUAACCUGCUAAAUGAAAAGAUUACUGAAGAUUCCGCGGGUUAAUACUUUAGGAGAAAAAAGAAAACUACUCCCAAUAUUCACUUUUUUUUAAUGUAGAUUGACAGAGCGAUCCCACCCAAUUAAAAUAAACAGCCACAGAAUAUCUUCAUAAAAUCCUUACAAGAAUUCACCUUCUUUCCUAUAUUUUCCACCCCACUUUUCUUUUAUUUCAGAUAGCUGUGAUUGCUAGGAGAUCACUCCAUGAUCGGUGAUUCAAGUGUGCAAGCAACCUCUAGUGAUGUUGCGGCCACAGCGACCAGGGUCGUCACUGAAGGUGGUGAGGGUGAGGGUGAGGGUGGUGGUGGAGGUGGUUUUGGUUCAAAUUCAGCUGAAGAAGAUAAGAAUACGGGGGUUGAUCAUGAAGGUAACCGGAUGAAUUAUGGUGCAAACCGGUGGCCUAGGCAAGAGACCUUGGCCUUACUGAAGAUAAGGUCCGAUAUGGAUGCAGUGUUUCGUGACUCAGGUCUAAAAGGUCCGUUAUGGGAAGAGGUUUCCAGGAAACUAGCAGAGCUUGGUUAUCAUCGGACUGCCAAGAAAUGCAAGGAGAAAUUCGAGAACGUGUACAAAUACCACAAGCGAACCAAAGAAGGCCGAACAGGUAAAUCCGAAGGAAAAUCUUACAAGUUUUUUGAUGAAUUAGAAGCUUUCCAAAAUCAUCCUUCAUAUUCAACACAACCGCCAACAUUGACGCCGCCGCCGCUGCCACCACCAAAAGCUCAAACUGCAUCUGCAACAAUUACCACAUUGCCAUGGACUAAUAACACCGCUAUCGUCUCUCAUGCUACUGUUCCAUCAAGAACAAACCCUAUGGAUAUCAUGUCACAAAGCAUUGCUACACCAACCAACAACCGUGCAAUUAGUCCGAUGCCAAUAUCUUCAAAUCCCAUAAAUCCUUCUCAAAAUGCUUACCCAUCUUCUUUGCAAAACCUCACUACACAUCUUUUGGCUAGUUCUAGUCCAUCAUCAACAGCAUCAGAUGAAGAGUUGGAAGUAAGUUAUAAGAAGAGAAAGAGAGAGAGCAACUGGAAGGACUUUUUUGAGAGGCUAACGAGGGAUGUCAUCAAGAAGCAAGAGGAUUUGCAGGAGAAAUUCUUGGAAACGAUUGAGAAAUACGAGCAUGAAAGAAUGGCACGCGAAGAGGCAUGGAGAAUGCAAGAGAUGGCAAGAAUCAAUAGAGAACAUGAAACUUUAAUCCAAGAACGAUCCACGGCAGCAGCAAAAGAUGCUGCAGUUGUUGCCUUCUUGCAAAAGAUAUCGGGACAGCAAAACUCAGUUCAAACACAAGAAAUCCCACAACCAACAACAACUCCAACAGCACCUCCACCACAGCCAUUACAGCUUAGGCCACCACCCACCAGUCUCGCACCGGUUACAAAAUUGGAGGUUCCAAAAAGGGAUAAUGGAGAUAAUUUUACUGUAUCAAGCUCUUCUAGAUGGCCAAAAGUAGAAGUACAAGCUCUUAUUAAUCUCAGAGCCACUCUUGAUAUUAAGUAUCAAGAAAAUGGAGCUAAAGGGCCUUUAUGGGAGGAUAUUUCAGCUGGAAUGAAAAAGCUUGGAUAUAAUAGGAGUGCAAAGAGAUGCAAAGAGAAAUGGGAGAAUAUAAACAAGUAUUUCAAGAAAGUAAAAGAGAGCAACAAGAAGAGGCCUGAAGAUUCAAAAACAUGUCCAUACUUUGACCAGCUCGAUGCUCUAUACAAGGAGAAAAAUAAAAUGGAAAUUACAGUCAACUCAGAUUAUGCUGUCAAGCCCACUAGCACAAUGGAGCCACUAAUGGUACGACCAGAACAACAAUGGCCUUUUCAACAAGCAACCCAGCCUCAGACAAUCAUUGAAGAUAACGAAAGAAAUAUUAACAUCGAUCACAAUAUUGAAGAUGAUGAUGAUGAUGUUGUUGUUGAUGAUGAUGAUGUAGAUACUGAUGAAGAGGAUGAGGGAGGUGGCUUUGAGGUAGUAGCAAGCAAAUCAGCUCCAUUGGUCAUUAAUGGUGAGUAAUUCAUUGUCAUGGUUCUUACAAAAGGGGUAAAAUUCUCAACUUCAAAUGUUUACUGGAGAUGAAUCAGACUUAACUAGUACUUCUCAAUUAACCUGGUAGAUCAUUCAGAACUGAAUUAAGGUGCAGCAGAAGAAGCUGCUCAUGACCGAUCGAUGAGAAUACAUGUUAUCUGGUUGCCAUAUGAAUGGUGCCUACUUUUUUAUUUUUUUCCCAUAUAUGUACACAUGGAUUCCAUUUUAUAGUGGGAAGACAUUUUUCUUCCUUUUUUUUUAUUAUUCAAGUUAAUAAUUAACAUUUUUAGA